AUAUAAAUAUAUGCAUAAGUGCGUUGCUUCGAUUAUCUGAAUACGCGUGGUUACCUGCUGCCAGCGGUUUUAACCAUGAUGUUCAAUGUGAUCUUUUUGGGAGGUUUGCUUCUUUGCUGUGAGUUGCAGUACGCUAGAGCAGCACAAGAAAUAUUCCGCAAUGCUGGCUUUGAGGGAUCUUUUGGUUCCGAUAACUGGUACUGUGUAGGAUGUACCGGUGAGCAACACUUGGGCGACAAGGUGGAGGGGACAGCCAGCAUGUUGGCGCGGGGGAGGACAGCUGAGUGGGCCGGCCCUUCGUACAAUCUACCUUACGGUCGUGGCGUCCUCUCCGGUCAGACGUACGAGUUCCAAAUCUUCGUCAAACUGUUGUCAGGAGGAGCGGCCCACGUCCCCGUCAAGAUCAACCUGGCAACUACCUUCUCUGAUGGGGAUAUAAACUAUCAGCAGGUCAAGCACACCGACCACAUCAGUCAGACUCAGGGAUGGCAGAGGAUCACCACCAGCUGGACUGUACCAUCGUUUGACAAGGAGGUGACGGAGAUGCGGCUGUACGUUGAAGGUCCUCCUGUCGGUACUGACGUCCUUGUAGACGCAGCGUCGCUGACGUCAGCUGAGGGACAGUCAAGCCUGGUCGAAGACCUUCAUACCGUUUCAGGUUCUGAGAUGGUGACUAACCCUGGAUUUGAGGGUGACCUGAGCGGCUGGUACUGCAUGUCGUGUACAGGUGUGCAUUAUACAGAAGACAAACAUGGCGGAGGCGGAGCUAUGCUGGCUCAGGACAGGUCUGCCGAGUGGGCGGGACCAUCUCAAGAUUUAGCCUGGGGAUCCGCCAUCAACAGCGGAUAUACCUACAUGUUCACCAUGUGGGUCAAAAUCCUGGAUGGCGGGAGCACACCCUACAAUAUCAAGGCUAAGCUGAAUUAUAGGUUCAGAGACGGAUCCGAGGACUGGAUUGGGAUAGCUUCUUCCACAGUGUCAGCCCAAGACGGCUGGGUGAGGCUAUCCGGUGGACACACUGUACCAGACUACAACGACUGGGUGAGUAACGCCCGUCUGUACGCGGAGGGUCCUCCCGGUAACGUCCGCUUCCUCAUCGAUGACGUGUCGUUCCUGUCGUUCAUGGACGUGACUGCGGACAACUGGUGGCACGAGUCCAACAUCAGGAUCGACCAGCAUCGCAAACGAUACGUCAAUCUCAAGGUGCAGACUCCAAAUGCAGAUGACAUCAGUGUGGAGAUCACCCAGACCAAAUCUCACUUCGCGUGGGGCUGCGCGGUGAACGCCUGGAUCAUGCCUGAUGACGCCCGGUACCGAGACUUCUUCCUCAGUAACUUCGAGUGGGCCGUCUUCGAGAACAACAUGAAAUGGACGCAGAAUGAGCCUAACGAGGGUCAGCUUGAGUGGAACCUUGCUGACCGGACAUUGGACAUACUGGAGAAUGCUGGCAUCCCUGUCCGUGGCCACUGUGUCUUCUGGGGCGUGCCGGAGUUUGUACAAGGUUGGCUGCACAACUACUGGGGCGGAGAUCUGGAGCAGAAGUGUUGGAAAAGGGUUAACGACGUUGUCGGUCGAUACGCCGGGAGAUUGCAGCACUGGGAUGUAAACAACGAGAUGCUGCACGGCGACUUCUACGUCCAACACACGGGCAGCUCCCAGAUCCGGUACGAGAUGUUCCGGAAGGUGAAGGAAAGAGACCCGAACGCCAAACUCUUCCUGAACGACUACAACGUCGUCUCCUGGUGGGGAGAGACCAAUGCCUAUGCCAACCAGAUUUCCGAGUUCCUUGACAACGGAGCGCCAGUGGAAGGUGUGGGAGCCCAGUGUCACUUUAACAACCGCCCUGACACGCCGAACGUCCUGCACCGUCUGAACGUCCUCUCCUCUCGCGGCCUCCCUAUCUGGGUGACGGAGCUGGAUGUGAACGAGGCUGACGAGUACGUGAGGGCGGACGGCUACGAGGACGCCAUGCGGGCCGCCUUCAGCCACCCUGCCGUGGAGGGACUCCUGAUCUGGGGGUUCUGGGACCAGGCACACUGGAGACCGAACGCUGCACUUGUGAAUGGCGACCACUUUGGGAUUAACGAAGCAGGUCGCCGUUGGCAGCGGCUUGUCUUUAACGACUGGCGGACCAACCUGUCUCUCACGGACGGCAUCGUGACGUCACACGGCAAGGAGUUCAUCUUCCGUGGUUUCCAUGGAAACUACGAGGUCAAGGUUAAGUCCCAUGGCCAGGUCGUGGCCACGAAGACGUUCUACUUGUCUCCUGGAGCCGGCGCCCUUACUGUGGAGGUGGACAUGCCUAACGAU